GGGAGCUGGGUUAGCAGGUGCCCUGAUAUUCCAGGUCUCAGCUUUAAAAAAAAAUAAAAUUGAAGGACAGCACAUUAAAGUGGUCAGGGCACUGCUGGGAGGAAAAAGGGGGCGAAGGGACAAGCUCACGGCCAUGGCUGCAAAACCCCUCUGCAGAGUGGAGCAAACUGCAGUGAGGCCCAGCUCGGGCAGGCUCCUGGCAUGGAGCUCACCGGCCUUCAGGCUACACAGGUGCCCCCUGCACCGCACUGUCUUGCUGCUGCUGCUCCUGUGCCCCGAGCUGCCCAGAGGUCAUAAUCUGAAGCCAUCCUUGCCCCCCAUUGUGACAGACCAGCCCUUUCUGGUGGCCUGGAAUGCACCAACGGCUCGGUGCUGGACUUCCUAUGAGGUGCCCCUCAGUGUGGCCUCCUUCAGCCUCCUGGCAAACGCGCAGGAAGACUUCACAGGCGGGAACAUCACCAUCUUCUACUACGAUCAGCUGGGUCUGUACCCCUACUACCUGAACAAAACCACGCCACCCAUAGCCAUCAACGGCGGCUGCCCACAGAACGCCAGCCUGCUGGACCACCUGGACAAGAUGGCCAGCGACAUCGCCACCACCAUGCCCUCAGCUUCCUUCGCUGGCCUGUCUGUGAUCGAUUGGGAGAACUGGAGGCCCCAGUGGAUCCGGAACUGGGACAAGAAGAAUGUCUACCGGACCAUGUCCGCCCAGCUGGUGAGGCAAAGGAACCCGCACUGGCCUGAUGAGCAGGUGGAGCUGGAGGCCAAGUGGGAGUUCGAGACGGCUGCGGCCAAGUUCAUGGUGGAGACCCUCAAGCUGGCACAGUUGCUGCGCCCUGGGGGCUGGUGGGGCUACUACCUUUUCCCUGAAUGCUACAACUAUCAUUACUGGGAUGACUUUGAGAACUUCACUGGGGGCUGCCCCCAGGUGGAGGUGCAGCGGAACAACAAGCUGCUGUGGCUGUGGGAGCAGAGCAAGGCGCUCUACCCCUCCAUCUACAUGGAGGAGGUGCUGAGAGCCUCCCUGCAGGGCAAGAAGUUUGUGCAGGCCAAGCUAAGCGAAGCUCUGCGCGUGGCUCAGCUGCCCUCCAUCAACCACUCCCUGCCUGUCUUCGCGUAUGCCCGGCCCUUCUACAGCUACACCCUGAAGGAGCUAACCCAGACAGACCUAGUGCACACGAUCGGGCAGGCAGCAGCCAUGGGGGCUCACGGCAUCGUUCUCUGGGGAGGUGUGGAAUAUUCUCGCAACCGGCCCAACUGUGUAAAGAUCCAGAAAUACCUGACUGGCACCUUAGGCCCUUACAUCGUCAACGUGACCACGGCAACCAAACUCUGCAGCCAGUUUGUCUGCAACAACCAUGGCCGCUGCCUUCGCAGAAAGAUGGAUUUGGACAGCUACCUGCACCUGGACGCGAGCUCCUUCCAGAUCCGAGUGGACAAAGCCGCCCAUGGACCACACGUGUCCGUGAAAGGAGCCCUCACCACCCAGCAGAGGGACAGGAUGAGACAAGAGUUCACAUGUCACUGCUACCAGGGCUGGAGGGGGGAACACUGCCAUUCCCGGGGUCACAGCAACCAGCUCUGGGCAUGGGACUUGUGCAUCCCCCUGGUGGUGAUGUCUGCAAUAUGGACGUGGGGCAUGUGACCCACUUUUGCAACAAAUUAUUUUCAAUGUGAAUUUGUGAAGCCUGUGAUGUGACGUGAACCCUGGAAAAAGGAAUGACAAGGAAGGAGGAAAACCAGCAGCAGGUUCUGUGCGUUGGCAAGAGAUCUGGAAAGUUUCCAGACAUUUGUGAAUCCCACCAGCUCCCAUGACCCCCCGGUACAUGACCCCUCCCUGCCCAACGGGAGUCACGCAGUGCGGAUUUUUCCCAGCUUUCUUUGCAAUAUUUGUAGGGUGCUAUUACAUUCCUCACUUAGUUCAGUGACUUUCUACAGCCCAGAAGCAGCUUUAAAAAUACGUAUGGUGCAAAUUUUCCUGAAUCACAGCCAAAGGACAGUUUUCUAUUACUCCUUUUUAAAAUAUCACACUGGUCAGGAUUAGCUGUUUACAAUAGAGUUACCAAUGGCCACACUCUUGCCUCUUCAAGAACCAUAAACAUUUAAAGUCCUUCUUAUUUAUAUGCAGAGUGGACUUAUCCUACUCAGAUUGUUUUUAGGUGCCUUCCCAAUGUGACCGGUGCUAUUUUAACUCCUGGAUGUGUGUGUGGUGUUGCAUUCCCUCUCUUUGUUAAGAGUCUGGGUUGAUUAUUUUUAAUUAAAUAUUUUC